AGUCGUUUGCUUUGAAAUUUUCUUUUUUCCCCAAUUUGACCAGAUUAACCAUUUCAUACGGAUGAACGGUCAUCUCGCUAUAAAGGCUGAUCUUGUCCAUAUAUUUGAAAUAAAUGUAAAACGGACAGCGCGCUUAAACCGAACUGACUAUUCCAAACCGAACUGGAAUUUGCCAUUGCCUUCUUGUUAAAUUAUUGACAAUGAGAAGAGUAGCUUUUCCUUUAUUUAAAAACCUUGUUAACUUCAUUGCACGUAAGGAGCUGUGCUUACGUUUUUAAAGUGUGUUGCCGGCUCGGAUACAGAGACUAACCGCCGCUGUCCCUUUUCGCGUCAGAUCCUUCCUUAGCGGUGAAGAAGCGGCACCAUCAUUUCGUGGCAGAUCGCCUUACUCUGGGAUGGAUGAAGCGAACGUGAAUUGUGUCCUGCACCAGAGGCGCUUUGCCUGGUCGAUCCGUCACGUUAAAAUGCUGCGCACGGUUUCCGAUACCGAUUACCCUGAUGUGUGGAUGUUGGGAAGAUGCCGGUUAUGCCCGCAGACUCCUCGCUUACCUGUUUCUCGCCUCCAAUUCACGCUAUUCUCAUGUCUAACUACACUGUCUUUGCUCACUAACUAAAUGCAGAAGUGUUUUUUGCCAUCAAGAUGAACGGCUGGAUCUUCGGGUUUCUGUUCUGGGUUACGGUUUUGCCAGGUACAGUGGGCCUCCUUUAUUCUCUAAUCUGUAGACAUUUACUAGCAAUCCUGCAGUAAAAACUGUUUCUGAAACAGACCGUCACAUUUGGAACUUAAUUCCGAAGUAUUCUACACAUUCCAAUGCAUGAUCUAUAUUAAUUACAACAACAGAGCAUUUCUUCAUUUUUACGGUAACGCAUCUGUUGGAGAAGAGCAGCUGUAAUGUGAUUUUGUCUGUUUGCUGCUGUUACGCUACAACCGAAAACCAAAGAUUCUGCACGAACGGGGCUUCUGCAAGUUAUACCUUUAAAGCAAAUGCAGUUACGUGUCCCGCCCCCCCCCAUAAUGUCCAACAUAAGUGGGUUCAGAUCAGGGACGGAUUAUGGGUUGUGUGGGCCCCUGGGGAAAACGUGAGGGCCCCCCCCCACCAGCACCACAACCACCACAAUUCAAGGGCCCUUGGCAGCCAAACGCCCUCCCUAUAGGGUCAGGGGCCCUUGUAGGCAGAGGAUCAAAGAAUGUAGGCCCUCUAAAAUAGACAAACGAAAAUACAUUGUUGAUAAGCGUUGCAAAUUGUUUUGGGCUAGGGUCCCCACAGGCCCCCUGCACCCCAAGGGCCCCUGGGCAGCGGCCCCACUGGCCCGGUCCGUAAUCCAUCCUUGGUUCAGAUACAGCCAGAAUUUGCUCUCUCACGCCCGUAGGCGCAUUCGAGGCAGCUCAACUAUAUUCCAGUUCACACCACCUUGGAAUAAGGAUUUAUUUAAAAACGAGAAUAAAUCUUCCCGGUUUCCAAUUGACUGUGAAUGCAGGAAGAGUGGCGCUUGUAUUUAAUUGGGUUCCAAUUUCUGUUUAAGCGGUAAAAAGCAAAGGCACUUAAGCAUUUUAAAGUUUCUUCUUAAAUGAGUUACGCAUGAGUUGUCACAAACCUGGGCAGAUGAUUGCAAAGCCGCUCACCGGUACCGUAUAAACAUACGUCCCUCUUUUAAUAUAACUGUGAUCCUGAGUGCAAGAAUAUUCUUUUACCUGUGAAGUGGAAUCAGCCCGAUACUGCUGCAGUGCGGGUUAGCGCGCGCUCAGACUUCCGCACUGCACACCGGUAGACCUGCAGGACAGGAAAUGCAUUUCCAAGUAGGAUAAUGCCAUAUUUCCUCCAGUUAGUUUGUGAGCCAUUUUUAUACUUGGGCAACAAAAUAUACCUCUGCCCGUUUUAUCCAAAAUGCCUUUUCUGCAAUGUUAUACCAGUUAGUAAUUGAAUGGCUACCAUUUCUGGAGGUACAACAGCAAACCUUAAGACUUGUCAGGCUGUAACCACUAUACUACUUGCCAGUGAUACAUGCAGUACCAGUCAAAAAUUUGGAUACACUAAGCCGCCUACAACAGAGCGAUAGUGUCGCUUCACAUGACCUGGCCACCUGACCUAAAUAUAGUAGAAAUGGUUUUGGAGGAGUUCAACCAGAGAUUGAAGGAAAAAUGGCCAAUGAGAGCUCAGCAUAUGUGGGACCUUCAGAACAGCCGGAAAAGCAUCCCAGGAGACCACCUCAUGGAACUGGUGUAGAGGGGACAGUGGGGUCAGCCAGUGCCUGGGGCAACUGGGGUUAAGAACAUAAGAAUUUUACAAAUGAGAGGAGGCCGUUCGGCCCAUCAAGCUCAUUUGGGGAGAGCUUAACUGAUAGCUCAGAGUUGUUUAAAUCUUAUCUAGCGCUGAUUUAAAGGAACCCAGGGUUUUUAGCUUGGCAUGUACUAACAGGAAGACUAUUCCAUAACUCUAACUACAUGCUAUAUAAAGAAGUGCUUCCUCAGAUUCAGAUUAAAAUGUUCUGCUAAUUUCCACUUAAGGCCAUGAAUUCUAGCAUUUAAACUAAUAUUAAAGUAUCCAUUUGGCUGAAUAGCAUCCAGACCUGUUGGAAUCUUGUAUACCUGGAUCAUGUGCCCCCUUAAUCUCCUUUGCUCGAGGCUAAACAGAUUGAGCUCAGCUAACCUCUCCUUGUAAGACAUUCCUCUAAGAUCAGGAAUCAUUCUCGUUGCCCUACGUUGCACCUUUUCCAAGGCAGCAAUGUUCUUCUUAAGGUAUGGUGACCAAACCUGCACACAAUAUUCUAGGUGGGGAUCAAGGAAUUAUAUAAUCAUAUAAUCACCUCCCUUGACUAGAGAUGUAACUCAACAUUCUAUUGGCCUUUUUUAUUGCUUCCCCACACUGGCGAGAGUGGGACAUGGAAGCAUCAACAUGCACAUCGAGGUCUUUCUCAUAAUCAGCUGCCUUUAUGUUAGUGGAACCCAUAAAAUAUCUGUACCUUAUAUUUAUCUAUAUUAUAUUUCAUCUGCCAGGUAUCAGCCCAGUCACUAAUUAAGGGUUAAGGCUCACGCUCAAGGGGCGGGAUCGCUCUGCUGCUCACUGGAUCUGAACUGCAAACUUUCUGCAUCCCAACCCACAGAGCUACCCGCACUAGUUUAUUUUGUUUUAUACUUUUUUUUUUUGGUCAGUGCAUAAUAUGUCAUUUUAUAGUUUUGGCAUUAUUCUAAAAUGUAGAGAAAAGUACAAAUAAACCUUUCUGUAAGUGUGUCUGAACUGACUGGUGACUAUGUAUCAUUUCAUUGGUUAUUCAAGCUAUGAAUCAUGAUGUCUGUUAUUUAUUUAAAUGACCCAUUUUCUUUCCUUUUUUUUGCAAUGUCGCCCUCUCCUGGUCUGCACAGUCAUUGAAAGGACAUUCAGAUGUCGAAACCUCCCAGUCAGCCACAGCUUAAAUGGAUCAUUAUUUAGGCGUCCAGGCCAGCCUUCAGAUUUUCUUGUUUCAAUCUGUCUUCUGGGAAUUUCCAGACCUCCCUGUUUGUUUAGAUUCAUUUGACUUGACCUAACUUUAUUAUGAUUUAUUUGUCCUGGAUAUACAGCUAGGCUGAGCAAGAUGGACUCAAGCUGACUUUCGCACCCUGCUACCAAUUCAUAAUUUUGUUUAUUAAUUCUGCAUUCCAUCCACGACGAAUGCUGCAAUAUUUCCCACAUUUGUCGCUGGAUGAUUUUUUUUAGGCUGUCAACCGUAACCUUAAUCCAUUUUCAUCACAACCACAUAUGCUGUGUCUCCUUGUGACAUGGUGUAAGUAUGAAAGUCUUCCUUUUUUUGGGGGGGUGGGUGAUUAAUCGUUUGAGUGUGUAUACACUUCAGAUAUAUACUGUAUAAUCAAGAUAUAUCAGUAUUUUGAAAUCUCAGUCUGUGACGUGCUACAUGUCUGUCUAAGAACCGGUGUGUGCAUGUGUGUUAUUGUAUUCAAUGUAUUUGUUCUGAGAUCCUCUAUGAUGCACUGUAGUUGAUUUCCCCCCCCCCCCCCUUAGAGGUGCUUGUUAUAUAUAGCAAGCAAAGCACUGAACAGGGGUGAGCUUCUGUGGGACCUUUGACAAAUAUUAAAAAGAUGUUAACUGAUAAACUGUCUACUUAAUCUCUGGACUCCCCCUCCUCUGUCCCCCCCACCAUACGGGGGCUUGUGCUCUUCGGUCACCAUUCUGUACGCGUUGACGUACCAGGGCCAUGUUCCGCUGGUCAUGACUGUGCAGACGCCCUUGUGGGAGAUUCAUGUUUACUUGGGCAUGACUGCAUAUGUCACACAGGGGGAGCUUGAAGUGAUUUUUAUCUAAGAGGCGUUGAACCUCGUUUGUUUAUGUACCGUUACAGGGGAUUAGGGCUGUAGAGCUGGAGGAAAUGAAGGACGGGGGAAAAUGUUUGGGAAGGAUGUUUAUUUUCAGAUUUCUCUUACAGGAAUGGAACUUUCGUGUGUGUGUGUGUGUGUGUGUGUGUGUGUGUGUGUGUGUGUGUGUGUGUGUGUGUGUGUGUGUGUGUGUGUGUUCGCCACUUUGAAUAGUGGCUGCCUGAAAGGUGGAUGAAGGACAAUGGGUAAAGCCUGACCCCAAGGAAACAGACAGCACAAUACUUUGGGAUCCAAUGAUGCUCCACAGUGACCUUGUCACAGUGAAUGGUUGACCAAUGAGGCACAGCGCCUUGCUAUGCACAAGCCAAUCUGUCAUCAUCCAAUCCAGUUACACAGAUGGGAUGAUGGCACUAGGACUAAUGCCAAUUCAAAGAAAUAUGUUACACCUUAUUUUAGGAUACAUGUACUCGAAUUGUUUGUACAUAAACCCCCCUCCCCCAAAAAAAAUUAAAUUACAAGUGCAGAUCCUUAGGUCACUUAGAUCGAGUCACUUACACAGAGUACUAAAAUAGUUGUCACCCUUUCCUCUGUUCACAGUUGGACCCUGAUAAUUCCUCCGUCUGCCUUCCAUUUAUCCCCUUAAGUGUCAGAGGCCGUGCUAAACAAUCUGAGGGUGACAUAUGCAGGGUGAAGAGAACAUGCCUUAAAGCCAAACUGCAUGGAAUGAGCUAACAGCAGAGUGUCUACAUGCUAUCUAUUGAACAAAUGAAACUGAAACAGAACGAAGCAAAUUUGGAUCCCGUGUCAGAGAUGCUCCAGUUUGCUUUUAUAAAAAAUCUCCCUUUCCAUGACUCGCAUACCUACUUCUUCCUUCAGCUUGUUUGGGAGCCCAUGGGAAAUAUGCACACAAGCUGCUGAACGAUUUAUUUACCAAGUACUCCAGCGCUCUCCGGCCCGUGCAGGAGACAGACGACAUCAUCAACAUUACUCUGCAGCUCACCCUGUCCCAAGUCAUUGACAUGGACGAGCGGAACCAGAUCCUCACAACGUACCUGUGGAUACGGCAGGUGUGGAUCGAUGCCUUCCUCACCUGGAAGAAGGAAGACUAUGACGGACUGGAUACUAUUCGCAUACCUAGCAGUUAUGUAUGGAGACCGGAUAUCGUCCUUUAUAACAAUGCCGAUGACCGCUUCACUGGCUCCAUGGAGACCAAUGUGGUCGUCCGGUAUGAUGGGCAGGUCAUGUGGGACUCUCCAGCUAUCAUGAAGAGCUCUUGCAAGGUGGACGUCCCAGUUGACUCCCAGAAAUGUCGACUCACCUACGGCUCCUGGACCCACAAUGGCAACCAGAUGGACCUGCACAAUGCACUGGACAGCGCCGACCUGUCUGACUUUGUGGAGAACGUUGAGUGGGUGGUGGGCAUGACCGCCAAGAAAAGCAUCAUCCUGUAUGGCUGUUGUUCAGAUCUCCCUGACAUCACCUACACAGUGCACCUCAAGCGGCGCUCCUCCUACAUUUACAAUCUACUCCUUCCUUGCAUGAUGAUCUCCUUCUUGGUACCUCUGGGCUUCUAUCUGCCCCCUGACUCCGGUGAGAAGGUCUCCCUCGGAGUGACCGUGCUGCUGUCCCUCACCACCUUCCCUGCUGAGAUCAUGCCUCCGUCUGAGAACAUUCCACUUGUCGGAAAGUAUUACAUUGCAACGAUGACUAUGAUCACUGCAUCGACUGCCCUGAGCAUCUUCAUCAUGAACAUCCAUCACUGUGGCCUGGAGGCUAAGCCGGUUCCACCAUGGACCCAGAAGUUCAUCUUGGAGUACCUGGCCCGAAUCUGCUUUGUGCAUGACAUGGAGACAAAAAAGGCCAACCAGACAAGAACUGGCGAGUGGAGAAAGGUCGCUAAAGUCAUGGACCGCUUUUUCAUGUGGAUCUUCUUCAUCAUGGUCUUCCUCAUGAGCGUACUUGUCGUAUGCAAGGCCAUCUGACACCGGCUAGGUCAAAAGAUUGUCACCUUUUUUGAAACCCCUAAUAUAUCCGAGUCGCCAUUGUUCCUGUCUGGUUUAACCCAAUGGAAACCUCUGAAGGAGUUACUAUUUAAAAAAUUGAGCGUUUAUUUUGUUUGCCUGUGUUUAGUGCAUGCUUGUUUGCCUGUGUUUAGUGCAUGCUUGUUUGCCUGUGUUUAGUGCAUGCUUGUUUGCCUGUGUUUAGUGCAUGCUUGUUUGCCUGUGUUUAGUGCAUGCUUGUUUGCCUGUGUUUAGUGCAUGCUUGUUUGCCUGCCAACAGAAGCUGCACCAGUACCUGCCUGCCAGCACCUUCCUGUCCCUCCCCCCACUCUGAGACUCAAAUGUUAAAUUUGGGACAGUGUGAAUUUGGACUGUGCCAUCUUGCUCAUUUGACUGCCUCGGUCGCCCCCUGGAGGAUGGGCUCCCCCUUUGAGUCAGGUUCCUCCGAGCCUGUUGCCACUGUUGUCUCUGGCUUUGAGACAAUGUCAUGUGGAAAUGCGCUAUACAAAUAAAAUUGAACUGAAUUAUGACCGAGAAACACGACUGCUUCACAUAAUGUGUGACCUUAUGCAAUACUUUACAAAAUUAAACAUUUGCAUAGCCAGAGAAUCCUCCACCUUGUUAGAUAUCGAAAGCAUGCUGGCAGAUGAAAGAAUAUCCUGACUGAAAUGAGGAGGGGGCCCCUCGAACCUGAAGAUCAGCUCCCAAAUCUUGCUGAAACGGUGACAUUAUGUUAUUCAUAGGAUUAGGGCACAGUGGUCGUAAGGUCACCAGGUCAAAUUCCAGGGUUGGCAGACACGUCAUCGCUGGGCUCCAGAGCAGGACCCCUAACCCUCAAUUACCCCAGGGACGGUCUGACUCUGCUUUCUGAAAUAAAAUCUCGCUCUUACUUUUAUAUAAGGAAAGUGUAAAUGAAACAGAGAGCUGAGUUGCAUACAGGGAGGCGUAUUAAGGGACAAUGUAAGUGAAAGUAAUGCAUGCACAUUAAUAAUACCACUCUGACACCUCAGUGCUCCACAUUAAAGAUGUAGGAAGUCAUUAUCCUUCUAGGAACUCUACCAAAUCCACGGAUUAUCACGAUGGCCGCUAACUGUGGUAUAUGGUGCAGCAGGAGCUAAAGUGUGUCCCAUUCGAUUCCUCUUAGAGGUGCUCUGAACGAGUGCCGAUGUUAACGGCUAAUAAAAAUGUGGCUGCUGCUUCUAACCCAACCAAGGCACUAAACAUUCAAAAGGCUAAAUAUUCAGUUUAUUGGCUUUUUCUAUUGAUCCCCUUGGGGAAAUUAUCCUAACCCCCCCUCCAGUUCACCCCGUAGCCGAUUGCCGCCUUCACUUCCUCUGCAGAAUGAAACUCAGUCCCCAGGGGAACAUCUCAACAUCCACCACAAAGGCCCCGCAAAUUUAUCACAUCUGGUAAGGCUUCUGAAAUUUCAUUCAGAGGAAAUUACUAGUUAGUUUUCUGGUUGCAGCUUUUAGUUUUUGAAGUUUGGCAGCAUCCCACUCUGAACACGGACCUUGUGUUGAGGAGUCAUCCUGAUUU